CUUUUUCCUUCUUUUCCUAAUCAUAUCACAUCACAUCGCACGUGCUCUCCCCCCGCUCCUCCGCCGGAAAUCCCUCCCUCCCUCCGGCCUUAAAUAUGGGGGCGGUGACGUCAACGAUGGCGGCGAAGUUCGCGUUCUUUCCGCCGAGUCCGCCGUCGUACGAGGUGGAAGCGGACGAGGCAAGCGGAAAGCUAAUGAUGGUCGGAAUAGGAGCGAGAGAGAACGUUGACGUAUUGAGAAUAGAUACGAAGAGAGGGAAUAGAGUGGUGGCGGUGUAUUUUAAGAAUCCUGGAGCUAGUUCGACUGUGUUGUAUUCUCAUGGAAAUGCAGCUGAUCUGGGACAGAUGUAUGAUUUGUUUUUUGAAUUGAGUUUGCAUCUUAAAGUCAACUUGAUGGGGUAUGAUUAUAGUGGAUAUGGAAAGUCUAGUGGAAAGCCAUCUGAGCAGAAUACUUAUGCUGAUAUAGAAGCUGCAUAUAGGUGUCUUGAAGAGAGAUAUGGGGUGAAGGAAGAAGAUACCAUAUUGUACGGUCAGUCGGUUGGAAGUGGACCUACUCUAGAUUUGGCAACUCGGUUGCCGAAAUUAAGAGCUGUGGUUCUACAUAGUCCAAUUGCUUCUGGCCUUCGUGUUAUGUAUCCAGUGAAGCGAACAUAUUGGUUUGACAUCUACAAGAAUGUUGAUAAAAUACCAAUGGUCAAUUGUCCAGUAUUGGUGAUACAUGGAACAUCCGAUGAUGUUGUAGAUUGGACUCACGGUAAACAGCUUUGGGAUCUCUGUAAAGAGAAAUAUGAACCAUUGUGGGUGAAGGGAGGAAAUCAUUGCGACUUAGAGCUUUUUCCGCAAUACAUUAAACAUCUCAAGAAGUUUAUAUCAGCUGUUGAGAGGUCACAUCUUAGAAAUGGUUCUGGCCCAAUCAGGGAUCAAACAGCGAAUCCCCGGAAGAGCACAGAUUUUAGAGAGACUUCUAGACCAAGCAUAGAUCAGAGAGACAAGAUCAGACAGAGUGUCGAGCAAAGAGAAAAUCCUAGGAUAAGCACAGACCAUAGAGAGAAAUCAAGAAUUAGCAUUGAUAGGAGAGACAAAUCAAGAAAAAGUGUGGAUCACAGUGAGAAAGAGAAUAAUAAUAGCUCAGACCAUCCUGAAAAAGCAAGGAACAGCAUUGAUAGGUUUGGAGACAUGAUAAGAUCAGUCGGACUAUGCAACAUUGAUUGUUUCAGGCCCACUGCAACAGCUCUCUAAAGAAAAAGGAUAAGGAUCGAGUUUGCAUUUUAGUUCAAUUAUUUGAUUAGGUCGCGGUGUUGUUUUGGUGAUAGUGAAAUUCCCACAUCAUAGGAAAUUAAUUUAACCGGGCAAACUAUUUGCAGAGCCUCGUUGUCUCUCCACGUUCAUACCUGAGAGUGCACGUGCAUACUCUAGAGUGUUGGAAUGCGUUCAAAUUCAUAUGGGAACUGACUGUGUUGUACAGAAGAGAUCUAGGAAAGGUUCAGUUUGAAUGUAUUCACAAAUAUAUUUGGGAACCCAAGUGUGUUGUACAAGAAUAGUACUUGGCAAAUUUCUACAUGCUGAGUGUUAUAGUUGUUCCUCGUCAGAAAGAAAAAAAAAAGAAAAAAGAAAAAGCAAUCCUGAAAGUUUGUCUCAAUAUCCUUUUAGUUGAAGUGGGGUGGAAAGGAUAGCAAGCAGGAACUUGAUAUGUAGUUAUUUGGCAAUGUUCACUAGCAACUAACUUUUGUUAACGUAUAUUUUCUAACCAAUUUCUUUUCUUAA